AUGCACAUCGGAGCAGUGCGAGUAUCGGAAAAGGCGCUACUUAUAAAUAUCCAGGAAGAUAGAGUUUUGGGAAUAGCACGUUGCUGGAAUAUAAUUUACGGCAUCGCAGUAUCACACGCAAUAAUGUCCGUGGUGAUUUACUUCCCUUGGAUAUCUAAAGUCGAGUUCGACGCGAAGAGACAGUCCAGAACAUCGGCCUUCUCCUACGCGGUGUGGGAUAGCGAGUCAUUCUCCCUGUGGAAUGGUGGAAUGAAGGGGUGA